UUUCCGGUGGAGAGGUAACUUGCUUUGCAUCUUGGGUCUUAACUCAGCAGUCUUCACGUUUGUGUGCCAUUGGUUUGAAGGGCAACAGCUUUGUGGUGUAGAACUUGUCGAGUAACAAUUGACAAUUUGGAGUAGUUAUUUCGGCAUAAUGAAUGGUGCAAUAAAAAAGAGGUUUCUGCUACUUUAUGGCACACAGCAAGGACAGUCAAAAGCAAUUGCUGAGGAAAUUGGUCAGCAGGCAGAUCACCAUGGAUUUACCGUUGACAUUUUUUCACUAAAAGAUUUUAAAAAGAUUCCUUGCCAUAAAGCAAGCUAAAAUGCUAUUCUUAUAGAAAAAGGGGGCGUCUAUGCUGUCAGUUCAUAAUCAGCAACGGGACCACAGGGAUGUGUCCACUGAGCAAAAAAUUGGUCCCAGGGCCCAUUUUUCAUAAAUAUUCAAGUAUGUAUUCAAUUAACAUGCAGUCAUAAAAAUCUUUAGUAAAUAUUGACCCCACCUGUCUCUUGUGUCACCUGUCUGUGUGUUGAACGCAGGCAUUAAUGUUAUUCCUAAACGUGCUCGUACACUGAAGGAUAUCUUGUCACCUAGUCUUUUCAAAGGAGGGAUCCCCAAAAGAAAUCUAGGACCGCUGACAGUGAUGGGUAACUACAGGUGUGGCAGCUCUAGAUGCAUCACCUGUGGUUAUUUCGGCAUAAUGAAUGGUGCAAUAAAAAAGAGGUUUCUGCUACUUUAUGGCACACAGCAAGGACAGUCAAAAGCAAUUGCUGAGGAAAUUGGUCAGCAGGCAGAUCACCAUGGAUUUACCGUUGACAUUUUUUCACUAAAAGAUUUUAAAAAGUUUAACUUGGAAACAGAAAAAGAUCCUGUGGUUGUUGUUAUAUCUACUACUGGUACUGGGGACCCUCCAGAUGAUGCUAUUAAGUUUAUAAAGAAGAUUCAAUGUAAAGAGCUUCCUGGUGAUUAUUUUGCAAAUCUGAAAUAUGCUAUAUUAGCCCUAGGUGACUCUGAGUAUACUUACUUUUGCAACGGUGGAAAAAUCCUAGACAGGAGACUGCAGGAGCUGGGAGCAAAACAUUUUUAUGAGACUGGCUAUGCUGAUGAUUGUGUGGGUUUAGAAUUGGUUGUUGAUCCUUGGAUUGAAGGGAUUUGGGCUGCAUUGUGCAACAAAUUUAUGCACAGAACAGAGAACAUUGACCGUAUGAAAAACAUGACCACGGAACAACCUGCUACUUGUGAAGUACCUGAAAAACUGGAUUUACAGAUUCAAGCAAUUCAUCUUGACAACUCACUAUCUGAAAACACUGUGUCCGAGAGUAACAGAAUUAAUGAACCUUCUCUUGUGCAUUCAUCAUCUUUACUUUCUCAGAGUAACCUGAAUGUUCCUGUUCUACCGCUUCCAUACCUGGACGUGUGUGUUCUUGAAAGUGAAGGACAGGGUACUGAACUUUCAAUGCAUUAUCCAGAAGAGAAAUGUUUUAAUGUUUCUAUAACACAAGCAAAGGAGCUGACAUCUGCAGAUGCAGUGAAAACUGCAUUAAUGCUGGAGUUGGAUAUUUCAAAUACUUCAUUUCAAUUCCAGCCAGGUGAUUCGUUUUCUAUAAUCUGUCCUAAUCCCAGGAGAGAAGUUGAGAAGCUUCUUGAGAAACUUAAUCUGUCUGAAAAAAAGUGCUGUCAGGUACUCUUGGGCAUCAAACCUGGAACUAAAAAAAAGGGAGCAUCUGUUCCUGGCUAUAUUCCUGAAAGGUGUUCUUUGCAAGUUAUUUUCACAUGGUGCCUUGAAAUUAGAGCUGUACCAAAAAAGGCCAUGAUCCGUGCUCUGGUGGAACAUACAUCUGAUGCAACAGAAAAACGUAGACUGCAAGAAUUGUGUAGUAAACAAGGCAGUUCUGAUUAUAACCACUUUAUUAGAGACAACAGCAUCAGCAUUUUAGACCUUCUUAAUGCUUUCCCAAGCUGCAACCCUCCUUUAAAUCUUUUGAUAGAGCAUCUUCCUAAAUUGCAAGCCCGACCUUAUUCAGCUGCAAGCUCUCCUUUAUAUCACCCAGGAAAAGUUCACUUUGUUUUCACUGUGGUAGAGUUUCCAACCUGUCCAGAUCGACCAGCACCUAGAAAAGGUGUGUGCACUGGUUGGCUUGCUGAACUUGUAAGCCAUAUGUAUGACCCAACAGAUGGAAAAAAAGUUUUUACUCCAAAGAUAUCAAUUUUUGCUCGGCCAUCCACUACUUUCCAGUUGCCAAGAGACCCCUCAGUACCUAUUUUAAUGAUUGGACCUGGAACCGGAAUUGCACCAUUUAUUGGAUUUCUCCAACAUAGAGAAAAGCUCAAGCAACAGAACAAGGAGAGAAUAUUCGGAGAAACAUGGCUGUUUUUUGGCUGUCGUAGCCAUGAGAAUGAAUACUUGUUUAGACAGGAGCUAAGGCACUUUACUGAAAGUGGUAUAUUGACAUAUCUAAAGGUCUGCUACUCUAGAGAUCCACCUAUCAAUGCUGGUGCUGUAUCACCAAAAUAUGUUCAAGACUUUCUGAAAAUUUGUUCUAGUGAUGUUGCUAGAGUUUUGGUCAAGGAAAAUGGGAGCAUUUAUGUGUGUGGCGAUGCAAAAAAUAUGGCUAAAGAUGUAAAUGAUGCUUUAGCUGAUAUUCUAAGUAUGGAGCUUAACAUGGACAAACUGGAAGCUAUGAAAACACUUGCUGUUUUGAGAGAUCAAAAGCGUUAUUUACAGGAUGUCUGGAGCUGAAAUUAGGAGUUAAUUUGCUACUAGUAUAUUUUAUACAUCAUAUGAAUUCAUUAUAUUUAAAAUAUUUCUAUUAGCAGAUCAUCCUAAAGUGACCAGUGAGUGGGUAUUAUUCUGGUUGUAAUAAACAGAAAGGGAAACAAAUCUUUAAACUCUCGAGUUCUCCCUAAGAAGUAUAUUGUGAAAUGCAAGUUAGAAAAGUUUUUUUAAUCUGAUGGCUACCACAUUCUAUAAACUUUUUAUCCUGAUGCCUACGUUAUCUGUCAUAGCGUCACUUUUUCCUGCCCUUUGCAUUGUAAAACUUGCAAUGAGCAUGUUUUUAUUUAAUUUCUUAAAAUGACCUGUAAUACUUAGCAUUUUAUCAUCUGCCAUAAAAAAUAUUUUUAUGACAGACGAUAAAAUGCUAAGUAUUACAGGUCUCUGAACUGUAUUUUCCAGAAGAACUGUGUUUAAGAUAUACCUCUGUUAAUCAGUAUGUCUGAUUUGAUUUGCUGUAUAAAAUAAAAUAUAAGGAUUAUGUCAGUUGUGCGUAAUACAGAGAAAUAUUUUUAUGAAUUUUUGCUGAAUAAAUUAAUGGAUACAACUAGUGCUGCCAAACCACAUAGAUCCAAUUCUGUCUGUCAUGCUGGAACGAGUGUAGCAAGUUCAUUAAAGGAAAACUGAAACCAAAAGAAGUAUGUGUGUUAUAUGCAUUUACUGUGCACUGGUAAAAUUUAUAUCAAUUUAUAUAUAAUUUAUAUAAAUCAGCUGUUGUGUAGCUAUGCAGCAGCCAUUCAAAUUGAAAAAGGCACAUCUUAACACAGCAGAUAGGAUAGACAUUCCUAGACACAGCAGGAGGACAGAAGUGGAGACACAUACCUUAAGAGAGGCCACUACCUCCAAUAAAAAAAAACUCAAAUCAUUUUAAUCUGUCUGUUGAGAAUAUGCCUCAUAUGAUAUAAACCAUGUAUAAUAAAUGUGUGA